ACAAGAGAUCAAUCAAAUAUCGUCCAACAGAAACUUUUAGGAAUCUUAAGUUUAACCCUUUGGGAUGUAGGCAACUUUUAUCAGAUGGUAUAUAAAUCGGAGUUAUUUGGAGCUUUCACAUUGAACAGUUUGGUUUGAAAGGAAUCAGCCGUCAAGAUUUAAAUGCUCAUUUAACAUUAUUCGUCUUCUGUUGAUACACAAAUUCGAAGAAAAUUCAAAAUGGAAGCUCCAAACUAUUCCGUCCUUCCAAUCAUCGAUCUAGAAUACAACCCAUCCCCAGCAGGAGAUCGACUUCUCCUCAACUCUCCUUGUGAAGUGUGUGGCGAUCACAGCUCGGGCAAACAUUAUGGAAAUUACGCUUGUGAUGGCUGUGCCGCAUUUUUCAAGCGGUCAAUCAGGCUAGAUCGCCACUAUGUUUGUAAGCGAGGCAACCCUGGUGCAUGCCCUAUUGAUAAAGUACUCCAGAAUCAAUGUCGCGCAUGUCGUCUUCGGAAGUGUUUUGAAGUUGGUAUGAAGCAAGAAGCUGUCCAUCCAAGUUUGUCCAUUGCUGAUGUCGAUCAGUUAUUGGCAUUGAAAUGGCUACCCAGCCUAACUGAUAUAGUUUUACCAUAAAUAUGUUCGCAAAAACAACGCUACAUACUUUCUUAUCCAACUAGCCAGGAAGCUCACAGUUCACAUAACCAACCUCCAAUAAUGAUGUCCUAAGAAUGCUGAAAAUACUACAUUCUCUUAAUCAAUGUAGCCUCAUCUUUCUUGACAGCGAAUUAUGACAUUUGUAAUUUUAGCGAUAAGACAGCACCAAAUUGAGAAUUAUAAUAAUAAUAAAUAAAAAUCGUCAAUAAAUAGCAAUUAUAUUGAAAA